GGCGGCGGCCCACGUGACGGGAAGCGGCGGCGGCGGGGCCGGCAGCCCAGGAGCCGCGGCCGGAGCGGGCGGCGGGGCCCCCAGGCCGCGGGCGGCGCGGGACAGCUGCGCUGAGCUGAUCACCCAGUAGACAUGAUGAACAUCAAGGCCUUCACCUUGGUCUCUGCGGUGGAGCGGGAGCUGCUGACGGGUGACAGAGAACACAUCAGCAUUGAGUGUGUGGAGUGCUGUGGCAGGAAUCUCUACGUCGGCACCAAUGACUGCUUCAUCUACCACUUCCUGCUGGAGGAGAAGACUUUGCCUACAGGGACGGCCUCGUUCAUUGCCACCAAACAGCUACACAGACACCUGGGCUUCAAGAAGCCCGUGAACGAGUUGUGUGCGGCCUCAGCUCUCAAUAGGCUGCUGGUGCUCUGUGACAACUCGAUAACCCUGGUUAACAUGCUGAACCUGGAGCCAGUCCCCUCAGGGGCCCGCAUCAAAGGGGCCAUAACAUUUGCCGUGAACGAGAACCCUGUGAACGGGGACCCCUUCUGCGUGGAAGUGUGUAUCAUCUCCGUGAAGCGAAGGACCGUCCAAAUGUUUCUGGUGUACGAGGACCGAGUACAGAUUGUCAAGGAGGUGUCCACUCCAGAGCAGCCUCUUGCUGUGGCUGUGGAUGGCUACUUCUUGUGCCUGGCCCUGACCACACAGUACAUCAUCCUGAACUACAGCACAGGCCUUUCCCAGGACCUGUUUCCCUACUGCAGCGAGGAGAAGCCACCCAUUGUCAAGAGGAUAGGCAGACAGGAGUUCCUGCUGGCUGGCCCCGGAGGCCUGGGCAUGUUUGCCACCGUGGCCGGGAUUUCCCAGCGUGCCCCUGUGCACUGGUCGGAGAAUGUGAUUGGGGCGGCUGUUUGCUUUCCCUAUGUCAUAGCACUCGACGACGAAUUCAUCACCGUUCACAGCAUGCUGGAUCAGCAGCAGAAACAGACCCUGCCCUUUAAAGAAGGCCACAUCCUGCAGGACUUUGAAGGAAGAGUGAUUGUUGCCACAAGUAAAGGAGUUUACAUCUUGGUUCCAUUACCUCUGGAAAAACAAAUACAGGAUCUGUUAGCAAGCCGAAGAGUGGAGGAGGCUUUGGUUUUAGCAAAAGGAGCCCGGAGGAACAUUCCAAAAGACAAAUUUCAGGUGAUGUACAGGAGGGUUCUGCAGCAGGCAGGCUUUAUACAGUUUGCACAGCUCCAGUUCCUGGAAGCCAAAGAGCUCUUCAGAAGCAGCCAGCUGGAUGUCCGGGAGCUGAUCUCUCUCUACCCCUUCCUGUUGCCCACCUCCUCUUCCUUCACCCGGUCUCACCCUCCUCUUCAUGAGUAUGCAGACCUGAACCAACUGACCCAGGGUGACCAGGAGAAGAUGGCCAAGUGCAAGCGCUUCCUCAUGAGCUACCUGAAUGAAGUUCGCAGCACAGAGGUCGCAAAUGGCUACAAGGAAGACAUCGACACGGCCCUACUCAAGCUAUAUGCAGAGGCCGACCAUGACAGCCUGCUGGACCUCUUGGUCACUGAGAACUUCUGCCUGCUGACGGACAGUGCUGCCUGGCUGGAGAAGCACAAAAAGUACUUUGCACUAGGACUGCUCUAUCAUUACAAUAAACAGGACGCCUCUGCAGUUCAGUUGUGGGUGAAGAUCGUGAACGGGGACAUCCAGGAUUCCACACGCUCAGACCUGUAUGAAUACAUCGUUGAUUUUCUUACCUACUGCUUAGACCGAGAGCUGGUGUGGACCCAUGCUGACUGGCUGCUGCAGAAAAGUGAGGAGAUUGGAGUUCAAGUUUUCACCAAGAGACCUUUGGACGAGAAGCAGCAGACUGGUUUUAAUCCAGAUGACAUUAUCAGUUGCCUUAAGAAAUACCCUAAAGCCCUGGUUAAAUAUCUGGAGCAUCUUGUUAUCGACAGGAGACUGCAGAAAGAAGAGUACCACACCCACCUGGCCAUCCUCUACCUGGAGGAAGUGCUGCGGCAGAGGGUGGCCACUGGCGGCAAGGACGUAGAUGCCACUGAGGCGCAGACCAAACUCCGGAGGCUGCUCCAGAAGUCUGACUCCUACCGCGUCCAUUUGUUGAAAGAGAAGAUCCAGGGUGCUGGCCUGCCCAUGGAAAGCGCCAUCCUCCACGGGAAGCUGGGCGAGCACGAGAAGGCCCUGCAUAUCCUGGUGCACGAGAUGGGGGACUUCUCUGCAGCUGAGGACUACUGCCUCUGGGGCUCCGAGGGUCAGGACGCAGCCUGCCGUCAGCGCCUUUUCCACACACUGCUCGCCAUGUACCUCCAUGCGGGCCCCUCUGCCCAUGCGCUGACUGUGGCUGCUGUGGACUUGCUGAACCAUCACGCCAGGGAGUUUGAUGCCACCCAGGUCCUGCAGCUGCUGCCUGACACCUGGUCGGUGCAACUUCUCUGCCCAUUCCUCACAGGAGCUAUGAGGGACAGCAUCCACGCCAGGAGGACCACACAGGUGGCUCUUGGCCUGGCCAGAUCAGAAAACCUGAUUUACAUGUAUGAUAAGGUGAAGCUGAAGGGAAGCGCAGUCUGGCUCUCAGACAAGAAGCUCUGCGAACUCUGCCAGAACCCUUUUGGCGAGCCUGUGUUUGUCAGAUACCCAAAUGGAGGGCUCGUGCACACCCACUGUGCUGCCAGCAGACACACGACCCCCAGCUCACCCAGCCCUGGCACUCGGACUUGAAAAAGCAUGGCUCCAGGCUGCAAAGGGGAUUCUGGGUUCUUUUCCAAACCUGCUUUGUGCCAGCCAGAACAAAGGGAAGGCAUCUGGGUGCCAGGGAACUGCCAGCCCUGGGAAAUGAGGGCACCGCAGCACUGAUUGUUCCUCGUGUGAAUGUAAAAGGAAAAGGCCUGACACCUCGAGACUAGCGACAGGCCAGAGGCUCCCCGUCCAGGAGGUGACAGUCCUUCAAAGCACAAGCCAACCUUGAAAAGCAGGCGGUGGAGCCAGGGCAAUCCCGACACAGGUGGGGCCAGGGAAGGAGCUCAGCUCCACCUGGCUCAGGCCAGCAUCCAGGGUGCAGAGGCCCUGAGGUGGGCGCCUUGCCUUCUGGGGAGGUGCGCUCUUGACAUGGGCUCCGCAUCUGCUGCUAACGCGGACACAGUGUCUGUUCUUCCCGUCCUGCUGUCAGCCUCGGGAAGCCAUUGCCCUGUCAUGGAAGCACUCACUCGGUGUAAAGGCCUAGCUCUGACUGUCUAUCACAUGGAGAUCGAUUCAGGAACCUAAGCUUGAAGCAGGCAGGAUAGUAAAGUGACUCAGUGGGCAAAGGCACUGGCCACCAAGCCUGACAACCUGAAUUCAGUUCUCAGAUCUUACAUAUGGAAGGAGAGAAUCAACUCCCACAGGGUGUCCUGCCUACACACACACACACGAUAGAAGAGAAAAAAAGAAAAAGAGGUCGGAGUGGGAAGCUGCUUUGCCCAUCCUGAAGAUUGCAACUAAGGGGGCCCAGGUUGUGUGAUGGCCCAGAUACAGGUUCGUUUCCAUCCACUUGAUUGGAAACACCUUGAUGGAGAUCCGCAACUAAAUAUUUUUAUUUGAAUUCAUAUCAUCUUUGUCGUUUUCUCUCACUUGGAAUUUCUGCAGCUGUUUUCGUUACAGAGAUCUCUUUCCUCGUUAAAAUGUACCUCCUACUGAAUACUUGGGAAACUCAAAGGGAAAUGUGCUGAGUGGCCGGUGAGCCUUCGGGAGGGGCUGGCAUUGGCCUCCGCCCUGUAGCGGGGGGGGGGGGGGGGGGGGGGGGGGAGGCUCGCCUUGUUUUCCCCACAGGCGUUUCUGCAGGACCCCAGGAGGCAGUCUGGCCAGGCCACAUAAUCUGCCAGCACUUUCUAUGCCUGCCUGAGCUUUCCGGAACCCGCAGAGGAAGGGUCUCCUCCGUGACCAGCUGGACUUGGGGUUUCUGCUCUUGCCAUUUCACUGCCCUCUUCCAAGUCACCCGGUCACCCCAGGAGGCUGGCUUUAUGAGGACCUCAGGGUAGACAGCACAGCCUCCACUAUGAUACCUGAAAAAGAGCAUCUCCUGGGCUGACGGGAUGGCCCAGAACACACCGUCCCUCCACCUGCCUGAGCUCCCCUCACUGUCCACUCUUUACAGAAUGCUCCUGUACUUACAAUGAUCACUGUAUUUCUUUUCCUUUUGGGGUUCUGAGCAAGCCGGGAAGUAAAAGCGUCUGUCACUGUACCCCUUUCCCUGCGGGUGUCCAGUGUCUCUGAGAAUAAAUGAAGUCUCCUUGCAGCUCCAGUGUCCCAAGGAUGACUGAGGACACUUCUCACUGCUUGUCAUUAUACGCAACGAAUUGGCAUUACAGUUCUCAAAGCACGAGUUACCCCAUGAGCAGUGUCUAACCUGAAAGCACUGUUCUCCCUUCCCAAACCGGGUCAGAUCUCGGAAGGGGCUGUGUCUGCUCACUCCUAACCUGGAAACACUAGCCUCUCCUCUGAGUGUUGAUUGACAAAGUCGAGCAGUCCAACCCCCUCCCAACCCUUUACCGUAAACAGUUCUACAAGGCGGAGAAUCACCUCAUCUGUUACAAGUCCCGUUCCCUCACCGUCCUCACUCUCCCGAGGGCCACUUCUCAACCCCCUUUUUAAAGAUGAACCCAUGGUCCUAUCACAGCCCGUGACUGUCCACUGAGUGGUGCAGUGACCGCUGGAUUCAGGCUUGUCCCUCCCUUUAGGCUCCGCAGCCGUCCUGUUUGGAGCAGCAUGGGCUGAGAUGGGUUCACCUUUGUAUCUGCGGGUGGGACUGUUUCGUUGGGGGAACCGUUUAUCUGCUGUUGCCUGCCAGGUGCCACCUACGCUAUGGGCACCGGGUGUGAGAACAGAGCAGAGAGGGGCUUCCUGAGCCGUGCUGGAUGCUCCCGGAGCACAGAGAAGCAGGCACUGGGUCCCGCUGUCACACGGCACCUGUUACACAACUGGGCAGUCCUUGCUUUCUGCUUGCUCUCCCGUAGGAACCUCUGUCCUCACAGCUUCCUUUGCCUCCUAAUGGGUCCCAACUCCACACGAUGUACAAAUGUAAACUUGUUGAUUUUAUUAAAAUUCUUCUAAUUCUU